AUGCAUUUGAGAUGUAAUUAUUGUGGAAAAGAUUAUUGGGGUGGAGUGAUUCAAAUGAAAAAUCAUUUAGCCGGAACUCAUGAUAAUGUUGGUGCUUGUAGUCAAGUUUCUGAAGAUGUUAUGAAUAUGUUUUUACAACUCUUAAGUGGAAAAAAACAAGACAACAUUAUAGAUGUUGAUUGUUUUGAAGAAAAAAAUAUUGAGGGGAAAAGUAAAGGGGGAACUAUGGAUGCGUAUGUCACAAAGGGGAGGGCAAAGCAACAAAGUUUGAAUCAAAUGAUGAAGCAAAGGGAGCCUGUGAUUAGAGAUAUUUGUAGAGUCAUUUAUGGGCAUGCAUUGGCUUUUAAUUUAGUGAAAAGCCCCUUGUUUAAGAAGAUGUUGAAGUCGGUUGGUGAGUAUGGUGUGGGAUUGAAGCCACCUAGUUAUCAUGAAGUGAGAGUAUCUUUUUUGAAAAAAGAGGUUAAUCAUGUGAACGCAAGUUUAGAAGUGUAUAGAAAAGAAUGGAAGAAGACGGGUUGCACUAUAAUGUCCGAUGGAUGGACCGAUGGAAAGUCUUGCUCUCUUGCUAAUUUUCUUGUUAAUAGUCCAAAUGGAACGGUGUUUAUUAAAUCAAUAGACACCUCCGGUGUAAUUAAAAAUUCUAUGAAAUUAUUUGAGAUGCUUGAUGACAUUGUGAAUGAAAUUGGUGAAGAAAAUGUGGUUCAAGUGGUAACCGAUAGUGCAUCAGCGUAUGUGGGUGCCGGUAGAUUAUUGGAAGUGAAGAGGACUAAAUUGUUUUGGUUCCCAUGUGCGGCACAUUGCCUUGACUUAAUGUUAAGUAACAUAGAUAGAAAGCUCCAACUUAGAGCUAUGUUUGCGUCAGAAGAGUGGGCUAGAAGUAGCUAUUCUACAUCUGUUAAUGCAAAAAAGGCACAAGGAACAAUCUUGGGAGAUGCUAGAUUUUGGAAAGCAAUCAAGUAUUGCUUGAAGUGUGUGCUCCCUUUGGUGAAAAUUUUGAGGCUUGUGGAUGAUGAUGCAAAGCCAGCAAUGGGAUUUAUUUAUGAAGCUAUGGAUAGAGCAAAGGAAGAAAUUGCUUCAAACUUGAACCAUGUGAGGGGUAGAUAUAAGCGCAUUUGGGAAAUUAUUGAUACUAGAUGGGAUUUACAACUCCAUAGGCCUUUGCAUGCGGCGGCAUAUUACCUUAAUCCGAUGUAA